UAAAUACGGAACGAAACCAACAAUUAGCUAAUACAGCAAAGACUUGUGAGUUGUGGGAAAGGGUAGCAGCUAUUAGCUAGUGAUGCCAAAGGAUAAUCUGCAAGUGCUUAAUGCGCUUGAUGGUGCCAAAACACAAUGGUACCAUUUCACGGCAAUCAUCAUUGCUGGCAUGGGAUUUUUCACUGAUGCUUACGACUUGUUUUGCAUAUCGUUGGUCACCAAAUUGCUUGGUCGCAUUUAUUACCACAAAGCAGGCUCUUCUACCCCUGGUAGUCUUCCUUCCAAUGUAGCAGCUGCUGUCAAUGGUGUCGCCUUUUGUGGUACCCUUACGGGCCAACUCUUUUUCGGUUGGCUCGGUGACAAGUUGGGCCGGAAACGUGUCUAUGGCAUCACCCUUUUGCUCAUGGUUAUCUGUUCUCUUGCCUCCGGCCUUUCCUUUGGUCGUCACCCUAAUGAUGUUAUGGCUACCCUCUGUUUCUUUCGAUUCUGGCUCGGUUUUGGCAUCGGUGGUGAUUAUCCUCUUUCGGCUACAAUCAUGUCGGAAUAUGCUAACAAAAAGACUCGUGGGGCUUUCAUUGCUGCUGUUUUUGCAAUGCAAGGUUUUGGGAUUUUGGCUGGUGGGAUGGUUGCGAUUCUAGUUUCAGGAGCUUUCAAGGCCCAAUACCCUUCACCACCUUAUUUUAAGAAUCCAAAUGGAUCCACCGUACCGGAAGCUGAUUAUGUAUGGAGGAUCAUUUUGAUGUUUGGUGCAGUCCCAGCUUUGCUCACUUAUUACUGGCGCAUGAAGAUGCCUGAAACUGCUCGUUACACGGCUUUAGUCGCCAAGGAUGCGAAACAGGCCGCCGCGGAUAUGUCUAAAGUUCUUCAGGUCGAUUUAGAAGAAGAACGACAACUAGAGAAACCAGGAGAGAAAAGAGGGAAUGAUUUUGGUUUGUUCACCACAAAGUUUCUGAGUAAACAUGGGCUUCACUUGCUUGGCACAGCAAGUACUUGGUUCUUGUUGGACAUUGCCUUCUACAGUCAGAACCUGUUUCAAAAGGACAUCUUCAGUGCCAUUGGUUGGAUUCCAAAGGCGAAAACCAUGAACGCUCUUGAAGAAGUUUACAGCAUCGCAAGAGCUCAAACCCUCAUUGCACUAUUCAGCACAGUCCCUGGAUAUUGGUUCACCGUGGCAUUGAUAGACAAGAUGGGGAGAUUCAGGAUUCAAUUGAUGGGGUUCUUCUUCAUGACAUUGUUUAUGUUUGCCUUGGCAAUCCCGUACCACCAUUGGACUUUACCAAACAACAGAAUUGGGUUCGUUAUAAUGUACUCCCUCACCUUUUUCUUCUCGAAUUUCGGCCCGAACGCGACCACGUUCGUCGUCCCUGCCGAGAUUUUCCCGGCAAGGUUGAGAUCAACAUGCCAUGGAAUAUCAGCAGCAUCGGGUAAAGCAGGAGCAAUGGUGGGUGCGUUUGGGUUUUUAUAUGCGGCAGAUGCCAUUGGAGUGCAAAAAUCGCUUAUAAUAUUGGGAGUGAUCAGCUUCUUGGGGAUGUUGUUCACGUUUUUGGUGCCGGAAUCGAAAGGGAAAUCACUGGAAGAAAUGUCGGGCGAAGUUGAGCAAGAAAAUGGAAAUCAAACACAAGGUGGACGACAGAGUAAUACUGAGAUUCGAAUUGCAUAAGCUUAAUUAAGCAAGGCACUGUAAUUAAUUAGUAGGAAAGUUUGAAGUGACAUUAGGGGAUCUUAGUUAAUUAUGUCUUUAAUUAGCAUUGCAUCUUUGGAUAUUGCUUGCACUUUGUUUCUAGUUUUCUUAUUUUGGCUUCCUUUUUAGUUAAUGGAAUGUCUCUUUUUUGAGUUUUCCAUAUACUUCCUAAUUUUAGUAUUUGGAUCACUAGAA